GCGCGGAGCGGACGUCUGUAACGGUCACCCAGGGAACAUAUGGCCCCCCGCAUGUGAGUUGACGCCGUCGCCGUUUCCGCCGUUCGCGUAUGAAAACACUCUCGUUGACAAUCGUCGGUCUCGCCCGGUGCGCGCGUCCACCUUGUCGGCCUGGAAGACACGGCGGAGGGACGAGCCUCGUCCGCGGUGGGCACGAUUGAGAGACGCUGCCGUUAUUGCGCCGCGAUCACUUAGCUUAUGUACGUUAUAUACGUGAGUGUCGAAAUUAGUAUUCGGAGAGUAGUAACUACGGUUGGACUGGGUUGGACGACGAGCGAUCGCUGACGAGAGAGAGAGUGCUAGGAGUUGCAAAACCUCGCGAGGAUGAGUGACGAUCAGACGAGCGACCAGAGCCCGACAGCAGAGCUAUCGUCGAACGCUAUAGAAAAAAUGGAAGAAGAAAAAUUAAAAGCAAAGCUCGAAGCAAAGUUCCCAGGUGGUCGGCCGUUUGGCGGUCAUUCUGCGUUUCUGCAGAAAAGGCUAGCCAAGGGGCAAAAAUAUUUUGAUUCUGGGGAUUAUCAAAUGGCAAAGCAAAAGUCCACAGCUAAGCCAAAGCCAGCUGGUGUUCUGCCAACAGGGGACGCUAUACCAACACCAGAAACAGUACCACAGCGAAAAACAUCAAUUAUCCAACAACAAAAAUUCAAUACAUCGACAACAUCAUAAAAUCCUCUUGCUCUAUCAUUUUGAAAGAUUACAUUUUCUUAAUUAGCCUUAUGUUUGGAUGGUGGAGUAAUAUGGUACAGUCAUAAAUAAUUGGAGUCUCAUAUAAUUUUACGCUUGAAAAUAUUUUGAAGCUCUUCCACGAAACAAUUUAGCACAGUACCAUAAAAUUUUCUCAUGUCUUUAUGAAACCAUCUGAUUUUUAGCUGCUUAUUCUCGAAACAGCAUCUGUAAUAUUAUUAAAACUAGUGAUCUAUACGUAUGUGCCACAGUGCUAUAUAAGUUUUAUAAUAUAUGAAAGUAACUAAGUGUCUCUAUCAGCUUGACAUAUCGUUAAGUUCUUCUUUAUUGUCUGCCAUUUGGAUAUUUUUAUCUUGGAAAGUAAUUUUAUCUGAUUUUUGCAAUUAAACAAUUAAAAAUAAAAAAAAAACUGCACAGAUAUUCAGGUCAUAUUGUUAGCCAGCAAUAAAUAUGCAUUCUACAUGCACAUAUGUAAAAAUUUAUUGAAAAUGAGAUAAGUAAAUGUAAUAAUAAUAAAUAUGUAACAAACAGGAGAACUUAUCCUGGAUGUAUAAUCACGGUAAAUUGAAUAUAAUUCACUUGUGUGUGCAUGGUAAGAUUGAGAAUAAGAAGAUAUACAGAUCUGCAUUUCCAAAGUUGCUGUGAUGCGCUCUUAGUAAGACUAUUUUCUUAUGAAAAGCUGUAUUUACUAUAAAAAUCUGUAGUAUGAACAUAAUAAUUUUAAACGUAACUACAGUUUUGCUUAUUGUAAACUACAUUUAGUAAUAUAUUGCAACUAUAAAAUCUC